AUGAAGACAGUGAGCGCUUUGAGUGUUCUUCUCCUGUGCGGAGCGGCCGUCGCUCAAGGUUACGGUAAUGGUGGAUACGGUAAACCACCAGCGCAGGACGUCCCAACCACAACGAAAGGUGAUUCUUGUAGAAGAAAGGAUAGGAGAAAAAUUAAAUAUUUUAGGAUACUACACUCCACCAGCGGCGGACGUCCCAUCCACCACUACCACAACUCGUGAGUUAGAAAUAAAAUAUUUUCCGAAAGAAAUGUGGUGAAAAUUUUCAAUUUUCAGGCCGACCAGUGACAAGGACCACACAGGCGUACAACGGUGGCUACAACCAGCCGUCGACGCCUUCCCAAGACGUCCCAAGCACCACCACCAGACGUAAUUUUGAGCAUCGGAACGGGAAAAUAGUGGAUUUUUGAGGCUACACUCGACCCACCACGACUACUGGAGCUCCGGUUUACGGUGGUUACGGUCGCCCUUCGACUCCUUCUCAGGAUGUCCCGAGCUCCACCACUAGACGUACGGUGAUAAUAUUUCGAAAAAAUCUUCAUUCUUUGCCAUAUUUUUGUGUUUUUUUUUUUUUGACUUGCCUUGCUGCUGCGAAAACUUUUAGUGGCCACUUUAGGGUUUCGACGUUUAAGGGGCCACUGUAGCAGUCGAGUUAGAAUUACUGAAGAGAGAACUACUAUAAUAGCCACUAAGACGCAAAAGAUGGUCAGUGGCCACUUUAGUGUCCUCCUCAUUUAUUCUUUGAGAAACUUCUCAAGUUUUUCCAGUACCUUUCAUUCUACAGUUAUUAAAGGCGCAUAACAGGAUUCAUAAGCUCAAAUGAGAAAAAAUGGUGUACAGUAUCCUAGAUUCAAACUCACGAAAAACAGACGUUAGUGAUUCAAAAACGCAGUCCAGCAGGUCGAAUUUAGGUAUUUUUGCUCAAAGUUUCACUUUUCGACGAGAAAUCUUCCUUUAUACUUUAUUGAGAUAUUCAAAGAAAAUUUUAAAAAACUUUGAUAAAGCUAUCAGGCAGAUGAUAGUUUUUCAAAAUUUCAAAUAUAACAGAAUUGUUAUGAUUUACAACUCGUGAAAAUUGAAGGGAUUCAAUGAAGGAUGAAUACGAAGCCUCGAAAAAGUUUCGUGGGCUUUUUAAUUUCAAUCUGAAACGUAUUGAAUGUUGCAAAGGAGGCUCAUUUCAUUUCAGCGGUUUUCUUGGAAACUCAUGAAAUUAAUGCUCACUUUUUGGAAUGAAAGAUCAGAGAGAGGAGAUUCUCCUUUUUUUAAACGUUCUGAAACGAACUUUAGGGACAUCAAAUGCUCAUAUAGCCUAUUCCGCGCCAGCUUGUCACGUUUUUCUGCCCGCCAAAAAGACCGUAUACCAAAUUAGAUCAAAUUUCUGCGUUUAUAACGGCAAGAAACAAAGGUCUUGAAGCGAAAGUUGGUUAAAUUUGACCCGGCCUUUUGGCGGAAAGAAAACGUGACAAGCUAGCGCGGAAUGGCCUAUAGUUUUGUACUAAAAGUCUUUUUACUUGACUAAUUCUCACUUUCACGCUUAUUUGUUCGUCUUCCGACUUGUAUUCCAACCUUCCUAUCGGAGAAAAUGAAUGAGAAGCCCUCGGAUAAUUUAAAAAAAAGGCCAUUUUUUGAAUAAAAAAAAUUUCAGGCUACACUCGCCCUACCACCACGACCACUGCUCCAGUUUACGGUGGUUACGGUCGUCCUUCGACUCCCGCUCAGGAUGUCCCAAGCACAACUACCAGACGUAUGGAAUUCUUUUCUGAGAGCUAUGGUGGAAGAAUGAUUCUAAAAGAAUCUCAAAAAACUAGGCAACUGAGAGAAAAUAACAGUAGGAAGUCUCGGAAGUACUCGUAGAAUAUAUAUGCCAAUAUUUUUGCAUUUUGAUUCGCAUGACUCAUAGGAACUACGGAAAAAAUGACUCUUUGAAAAAAAAAAACUUUUCCAAUUGAUCACUAGAGGGGUCUAUUGGACAGGACAAUGAUUUCUUGAUUUUUCUACAGUAACACAAGCAUUUGGAAAGAAAAACCUUUACUCGAACCUUGAUUGAUAACUCGACGCCCCUCUAGUGACCUCUUGAAAAUUAUUUCUUUUACUUUUUUUCUCUGCUUUUUAAAAAUCUGUACUUGGGUCAUUGGUCAUUCCCAAAAGAAAACGGAAUAUUUUAGGCUACACUCGCCCUUCCACUACGACCACUGCCCCAGUGUACGGUGGAUACGGUCGCCCUUCGACUCCCGCUCAGGAUGUCCCCAGCACCACCACCAGACGUAAUUUGGAGCUUCGGAACACUGAAAUAGAGGCAUUUUAGGCUACACUCGCCCAACCACCACUGAAGCGCCAGUCUACGGUGGAUACAACCAGCCGUCGACGCCCUCUCAGGACGUCCCAAGCACCACCACCAAACGUACUGAUUGAGGAUUUCUUAAGGAUAACAGUAGGAAAAACGCAUGGAAAAUAAUUAGGAAAAAAUUGAGUUUUCAAGUUGAAAAGUAGUGGGAAAGAUUUUAUUGAGUUUUUGAUUAGAAAGAAGAUUUCAGACUGAUUUAUAGAUUGCUUGUGCCAUUGAAAAGAGGGUCCUGAUAAGAUGAGAAAAGAGUGGCUGAAUACUGUAGGGCACAGAUAGGCCACGCCCCUUAGCGUCCCGGGAAUCUGCGAUAAACUCUAUCAGGAAACAAGAAAAUCCCUCAUUUCCCGAAAACUAGUAACUUUUUAGGCUGUAGCUUUCAAAAUCUUUCAUCCUGAGAAAGUCUUGAACAAUUCUUUAGUGAAAUGAGCAAUUUCACCUCCUUUUUGACGUUUCACCCUUGGUACAUCUACAAUUUCAGGCUACGCUCGUCCUUCCACCACGACCACCGCUGCUCCAGUCUACGGCGGAUAUGGUCGUCCUUCGACUCCCGCUCAGGAUGUCCCAAGCACCACCACCAGACGUAACUUGGAGCGUCGGAAUCGAUAACUUCAAGAUUAACUUUAUUAGGCUACACUCGCCCAACGACCACGACCGAAGCUCCAGUCUACGGUGGAUACAACCAGCCGUCGACUCCCUCUCAGGAUGUCCCAAGCACCACCACCAGACGUAAUUUGGAGCUUGGUACAUUUUUAGAAAAGUCAUUUUAGGCUACACUCCCCCAACGACCACGACUGGAGCUCCAGUCUACAGAGGCUUCGAUGACGUCACCACGACGACUGUCCGCUCCCACUACAGACCUCAGGUUCCGGCCCGUGACGUCACUUUCGAAUCGCUGCCGGCUCAACGCUACGGACAGCAAACGACUGCCGCCCCGCAGACGACCACCUUCCGCUACGUCCUGAACGAGGCCGCCGCUGCCGCCUACUGGGCCACCGCCUUCCAUCCCAAGUCGAGCACUGCCGCUCCGACCACCACCACGACGGCUGCUCCAGCUUCUGACGCUCCUCAGGUACUGACAAAACUGGGUUAGGACACUAAUUUGAGCUUUAGAAAUUCUUGUGAAUAAGAGGUCAUAAAACACGGCUAAGCUUCUUGAGCUCCUCGAGUCUAAAAGAAAUACUGUUAAGACACAAAGUUGAGCGUCGAGCUUUGAAAUUUUGAAACACUUGAACUUUUUGAUGCUAUAAUUAGAUGGUAGAUCAUGCUUCUAAGCGGGUUAGCAGAGGUUUCUGAUGUGCGUCAGAUACUCCAGAGAACUGUAGACAGUGGCUCAGGAAAGAUAGUCAGAAUGAGCUAAAGUCCAAUUUUACGAAAGACUCCUUUCAGCUGAAACUUUUAGAAAGGACUUUACUGGCCUAAUCUAUUUUUGGCGUUGAGUUCAGACUGAAAGAAGCUUUGAAGCUGAAUCUUCCAGAAAAUUCUUAAAAAUCUAAAUUUCAGUACAACGGCUACUUCUCCGGCAUCAAGGAGGCCGCUCAACAGCUCGAGCACGACCUGGAGAGCACCGUCGUUGGGUAAAAUAAUCUUUCUUUCGCCCCGAUUUCAAAUCAAUAUUUUAAAGUGGCUACGACGUUCCGGCUUCGGACUUCCCCGUUGUCGACGUUACCACGACAACGACUGCCGCCCCACAAACUGGUUAUUGA